AUGAUAAUAACUGGAGAUAAUGAAUUAGAAAUUUCAAAUCUAAGGAAAGACUUGUCUGUUCGUUUUGAGAUGAAAAAUUUGGGGCAAAUUGGAUGUUUUCUUGGCCUGGAAGUGGAAAAAUCAGAUCGAGGCUACUUUGUUUCUCGGAAAGGUUAUGCGGAGAGUCUCUUAGAACAUUUCAUCAUGGGGGAGUCGAAAGAAAAGGCUACUCCAAUGGAGCCAAAUCUCAAGUUGAAGAAGGAUGAAGGUGAGGCUUUGAAGGAUGCGAUAAAGUUCCGACAACUAGUUGGAAGUUUGAUUUAUCUGACUAUCACAAGGCCAGAAAUAUCUUACUCU